AUGGCGGUGAAUCUGGAGAAAUUAUUCCCUCGUGAGUAUGUACGGAAUGAUGGGGUAACGUUGAAUAUUUAUCAGGCAGCUAUUGGGGAUGUUGGCUGUGUGGUGUGGGAUGCCGCCUUAGUGUUGGCCAAAUAUCUCGAAUCAGCCGAUUUUCUUCAUGGACGGCUGUUGCAAGAUAAGACAGUCUUGGAACUGGGAGCAGGCACCGGUUGUCUUGGAAUUGUCGCUGCCACGUUUGGAGCCAAAGUUUGUAUCACGGAUUUGGAAAGUUGCCUCCCUUUGAUGCAAAUGAACAUCGGUGAAAAUCAUGAACAAAUUACAGGCAAAAUUGAGGCCCAAAUUCUUGACUGGAACAGUCAUGAUACUCUGACUUCUCGGCCUGACUACAUUUUGAUCUCGGAUUGCAUUUAUUAUUCUGAAUCUGUGAAGCCCUUGGUAGACACCAUCAACCGCUUGUGUGAACCUCAUACAAUAGUUUUGUGCAGUUAUGAAGAAAGAACAUCAGGAAAUAAACCAGAAUUGCAACGUCAUUUUUACGAGCUUAUUGAGGCAACUUUUAAUGUGCAGGAAAUUCCUCAAAACCACCAAGAUGAUUUUUAUCACAGUUCAGACAUUCACAUUAUGAAAUUCACAAAAAAAUCUUAA